AUGGAGCCAAAGAAAAUCAGAGAAGGUUACCUUGUGAAAAAGGGCAGUGUGUUCAAUAGCUGGAAACCCAUGUGGGUUGUAUUACUGGAAGAUGCGAUUGAAUUCUACAAGAAGAAAAGUGACAACAGUCCCAAGGGUAUGAUCCCUUUAAAAGGAAGUACUCUUACCAGUCCCUGCCAAGACUUUGGUAAAAGGAUGUUCGUGUUUAAACUCGCCACAACCAAGCAGCAAGACCACUUUUUCCAGGCUGCCUACUUGGAGGAGAGAGAUGCCUGGGUACGGGAUGUUAAAAAGGCCAUUAAGUGCAUUGAAGGAGGACAGAAAUUUGCUAGGAAAUCCACUAGAAGGUCUAUUCGAUUGCCAGAAACCAUUGACUUGAGUGCCUUAUAUUUAUCCAUGAAGGAUACUGACAAAGGAGUCAAAGAGCUGAAGCUAGAGAAGGACAAGAAGAUAUUCAACCACUGUUUUACAGGAAACUGUGUGAUUGACUGGCUGUUAUCAAAACAAUCUGUCCGGAAUCGUCAGGAAGGUAUCAUGAUAGCAUCUUCAUUGCUAAAUGAAGGUUUCCUACAGCCUGCUGGGGACUUGUCCAAAAAUGCAGUUGAAGGAACUGCUGAAACCUCCUUCCUUGAUAACCCUGAUGCUUUCUACUACUUUGCAGACAGUGGAUUCUUCUGUGAAGACAAUUCCGAUGAUGAUGAUGUGGUUCUGAAGGAAGAAUUCAGAGGAAUAAUUAUUAAGCAAGGGUGCCUACUGAAGCAGGGCCAUCGGAGGAAGAACUGGAAAGUGAGGAAGUUUAUUCUGAGGGAGGAUCCUGCCUAUUUGCACUACUAUGAUCCUGCUGGGGGAGAAGAUCCACUGGGAGCAAUUCACCUGAGAGGCUGUGUGGUCACGGCGGUGGAGAGCACCCCUGAUGCUAAGAAGAGUGGUGAUGAAAACCUUUUUGAGAUCAUCACUGCUACUGAAGUUCAUUAUUUCUUGCAAGCAGCCACCCCUCAGGAGCGCACAGAGUGGAUCAAAGCCAUUCAGGUGGUCUCCCGGACUGGAAAGUGA